AUUGAUUGCCAGUGAAACAAUAAGGAGACAUGGGACCAUAGAGCCUCAAAACACACUCCUAAUAUGCCUUGGAAUAUUAUGAUGCUUUCCUUGAUCACAUUUUGAGCAGAGACUUACCUCAUCCAUGACAAUGUCAGCAUCUGGCUGCAAGUUGGUAUGAAGUUAAUUGAUAAGAUGGCCAGCUGCAGUGUCACUCUGGAACAAAACCAUCCAAGAAGCCCUUGCAUUAAAAUAACAAAAGCACCAAACAAGCCAUCCUCACCUAUGCGCCAUAUCUGUGAGCAGUCUCAUUGUACUCCCCCUGAUGCGAUAAGAAAAGAGACGAUAGAAACCAUGGUUUGUCAGAAAACAGAAUCUGAUCAGCUCCUUGAUACCAUCCCAGAAGAAACUACAGAGUCAUCUGCAGCAAAAGAAGGCAAUGAUAAUCAGAGCCUUGUGGUCUCCGAUGCUGUUAUUUGUACCAAAACAGAAUCAGAUCACCUUCUUGAACCACUCCCAGAAGGCAUUGCAGAUGUAAGUUAACUAGUCUUCUAUAAUAUUUAGCACACUCACCACCUUUGCAUGUUUAGAACCCACUGCACUAUUCGUAAUAGAGUAGGGGGAAACCCCGGUGUAGUAGUGCUCUUGAGGAGAGACCUAUGGGUCAUAGCGAUUCAGUUCGCUUUCACCUCCCAGACACAGGUGAUGCCAAACAAAAUGAUAAUAAUAAAAAUAAUGAUAAAUGAUAUUUUUCAUUCCCAAUAUUUCCAUACAGAGAUAUACUAGUAUGCUAUUUCUACAUAAAAUUAAAAUGAAAGUAAUAAUAAAUAAAAUCCUUAAAUUAAUCUGUUUUAAAAAUCAAGAUUACCUAUCACUAGCUUCCAAAGGCCCCAUUUUUAUCAUGGAGUAAAAUAUCCUUAUUUCUCAUUGGUACUGCAGUUGCUUGAGCUGGCAAAAGAUAAUAAAAAAGAGGAGAAAACAAGUCAAUAAAAAGGAAAACUAACCAUACUUAUGCUUAAUGCUGUUACAUAGUUGAAAAAUACUGCUAAUUAUUUUUUUUGUGCAAUUUAAUUAUUUUUUUACCUGAACAAACUAUUUUGAAUUGAAUUGCACACAUGAAAUAAUUUAUUUACAAUUCUUAAUGCAUUAUGUGUAUGAAUAAGACCACGAUUUUCUUUUUGUUUAUACGUCCACUGCCCAUUUCCGUGAUAUUAUUUUUCACCUUGUAAUUGUUUGACCCAUUAAUGUGUACUAAUAUUGCACUCAUUAUUGAUGAUUCAGAAUUGGAAUUGAAGAAUAGUGGUGUCUGAAAUGAUUCCCGUGACCCGUGGUCUCAUCUUCCGGUGUUAGUCAUCAAAUAAACCCUUAAUAAUAAAUCAAUUAUAACUCUGCUUCUUGGAAGCCAAGUCAUACCUUGCGACAGCAAAAGAAAAACAAAAUCAAGAAAAUUAGAAAGAAGGAGAGAGAAUGCAAGGAAGGUGAAGAGGAUGGUUCAUGAAUGAAAUUCAAUUUCCUUGAACAGAAUACUCCUAUGCAAUGUGAGAAGUCGUAUCAUCAGUUCAGAACUAGAAAGACAUAAGUUUUUAUUCAUUACCACAGACAUAACCCCUUCUGCUUCUCAGCUAAGGAGAUAUUGAAUUCUAAACAAAUCAGUAAGCCAGGAUCUGUCUGUAAGAUUCAACAUCUGGGCCUGGUAGCAUAAAUGUUAGUGAUCGAUUGUAGGGCUGAUUUCUACAACUGAUUGCAUUGGUUACUGUGUAUGAUCCUUCCUAAAAAUCAUCCCCACGAUCAAUUGCUAAGCUUAAUGUUGCAGGGGCCUUGGUGAUUCAAGGAGGUAGAGGUGUGAUAUAUUACAAACUUAGCACCUAGGAGGAAGCGUGCUGGAAAAUGAGAAAUGUGCAGGCAGCGUGUAGACCAGUCAUCCCCAGUAUUCAUCCCUAGAAUCUGGGAGCUUAGGGUUUGUUCAUAUUGACAUACACGUAGUAGGCCUAUCCAAGUUCACCAGCUCAGCAUUUGGAAGUUAGAUUGUUUUUCUUUAAUGAUGCAAGGAGUAUGUGUACAGAUAUACAUCCUGGUUUUAAAAGUCAAAGGGCCACGUGUAAGCCCCCUUCUCCCAUUAAAAAAAUCAGAGUUGGAAUGUCGGGUUUUAGGCUGGAUUCAUACUGGUAAGAUUGAGAAUAAAGAAUGGCUAUUAAAGCUCUUUGAAUUUCAUGAAGGUCAUGGUAAGAACGCCUUCUUGAUUUCAAAUGAAUAGUUUCUAUUCAGUUCAAUGAAAAUAAUUUUAUUUAUUGAUGAUCAAACAUCUUUCAUAACUGCCGCACAUGAAAAAAAAAAUAGCCGCAGCUGGAACUUUCCAGCUUUCAAGUAAAUGACAUAAUAACUAACAUUGCAAAACUUAUACAUCUUGAAAGCUAAUUCACAAGUUGAAUGAAUUGCAUAAAAUAUAGUUAUGAUAAGAGAGUUGUAAAGUUGUAGAAUAGGUGUUAUUUCUUAUCAUGUGAUAUAGGCCUACUGUAUUUAUCAUCUAAACGACUUAUUUCAUUGCUUAGAUAGACAGCAUGUGAACACAGCAUAAUUCUUGAUGAAUUGUGAGGUCAAGGUCUUGGUUGGGCAUUACUCUCAAGGAAAACACGUUUCUAGACAUGUUCACACAGAACAGUUUAGUAUUUAAUUCACAAGAUCUCAAAGUCAAACAUCUAGAAGAGUUUCAAAUAUAUCAGGUUAUAGUUUUAUAAUUGACCUGAACCUGACAUCACAUGACACAGUGGAAUGAAAUUGUGUGCACAUGCAUCAACUUUAAAUGUUAUUUAGAACUAUUACCUUCCC